CUUAACUUAAUCCUCCAUCCUUGUUCCAUUCCUUUCUUGAAUUCUCCCUUCAUCAUCCCUUUCCCUUCUCCGUCCUGCUCCUUAAUGGACCUCGGAACCAAAUUCUUCCAACCUCUAGCUCAUCUUCUACAUCAACGAACGUAUCUUCCACCCGAACACAAACCCCUUCACCAAUGUCUCGCGACCCGAUUACUUGCCAUGUCCUGAACACGCUGACGGGAACGCCCGCGGCAAAUCUCCCGGUGACCUUGACUCUGCUAUCCGGUCCGUCCACCGGCCAGAGUCCUGUCAGUUUCUGCGCCACCACCGACGCAGAUGGACGGGUCAAGAACUGGACGCCUGAAGCCGCUACCUCGACGACAGUUCCCGCCGUUCUUUCCGCCCUGCCAGCGGCGGACAGCAAGACGAACUGGUCCGUCCGGUUUGAGGUCGGGCCGUGGUACGAGGCACAGGGGGUGGAGAGCUUCUGGCCCGAGGUGGAGGUGAAAUUCACCGUUAAAGGCAGAGGUCGCGAGGGGGAGGAAGGCUGGCGGCAUUAUCACGUUCCGGUGCUCUUGGGACCCUGGAACUAUUCCACUUAUCGGGGAUCGUAAUGGUUAUCAAUCCGGAUGAUCGGAGGGACUGUAUCUCUCGCUGCAUUUCUGCGUCGAAUGUCAUCAAAAUCGCCACUGUUCCAGUCUAGCUAAUAUAUAAAGGGGGCCAACU